AUGAACGCGUCUCAACUACAAAACAUGCAAUUAUUAGACCAGUUAUUAAAAUUUACAGACAUCCUAUCUUCUGCAAAAACUUCGUCUGUAAGUCAGUGGAACGUUGAAUGUUUGCAAAAUGCAAUUCAGUGUGCUAUGAAUGUCGAGAACGAAAUGUUUAUGAUACCCGAAGAAGAAAUUAAACGCGUAUAUCAGCAACUUGUUUUACGAGCGAAAACACAACCACCCGACAUUCCGGAAUUUGGGAGUGCUCAUCAUUUAUUGUACGGGACGUUGUUGAAGAAUGUUUAUUUGUCAAGUGAACUGUUCUCUUAUAUCAUGAGUACAUAUGAAUUUCCACUUGAAGGUUUAUUUUCCAAAAAAGAUAAUAUAUCCGAAGACGUCCAAAUAUUUGCCAGGCCGUUGGCAACAUCUGAGAUACUAAUAGGAAUUGAAUCAUCUUUUCGAUCUAAUAUGCUUCAUAUUAAAUGCAGAUCUACUGGAAAUCAAAAUAAACGGAGUCGAUUAAAUGAUGAUACGCAAAGUAAUUGCGGCAAACUGUCUG